ACAGUUUGCAUCCAAAUCGCAAAAUUUUAAAUUUUCCAAAAUACCUUUGUAGAGUUUCAUUUACGCAAUGUAAAACGAGCGCCCCCAUUCGCCCUCGUUACUAUUUCCGAGAACCAGCCAUGGAAAACCGGCCGAGAAAAUAACGUUCAAAAAUUGCGACAGCAGCGAAGAAGCAGCCGAAAAACAAACGUCCGAACAUUGUUCUCCGCAACAGAAAGCGAAAAUAUCGCUGCGUUUUGUUUGAAGGAUUUUCAAAGUUGAUUUUAGUUGCAUUUGCAGUGAAAUAUAGUGAACUAUUCACGGGGAAAGUAAAUAGUGCACAGUGGCAAUUGUAGCCCGAAAAAAACUUGUUUAUUUUUCGUGAUAUUUCAAGGUUGAUUUUGCGUUUGAUAUAGUGCUUCUCCCGCCAGGAUGAAUCGUGGAGGUCUGGUUGAAAGAACGCCAAAUAAGUCUGCGCUGAAAGAUGGCGGACUCGUAACCGAGCAAAGCCGUGCGACGAAAUCCGGUCGGAAGGUGAAGCGUCCUGCCCAUUUCGACGAUUCUCCAAACUCAAAAACGACAGGGCCGGACUCUGGCGUAAAGGUGGCAGAUUCGGCGGACAUUGGAACACCAAAGCAUAAAGAUGUUUCGGAGUCAGCAAAAAAGUCAGCCAGGAAGACAAUUCUCAAGAGUUUCGAUCAAGAGACACCGAGUAAGAAUGGUGUUCAGGAGCCGGAAGCUGUUCAGGCAAAAUCAGCUAGGAAGACACUUUUGAAGGAAGAUUCGGAACAACAACAGAAAUCUUCGCGGCGAACUAUUUCGAAAAGUCAAAAUGAUGCAACGACGCCUACAAAAGAAGCCCCUACGGAGCCAGAGUAUGUGAAAAAAUCUGCUCGUAAAACACUUCUUAAGUCCGCUGUGAAGAAUGCUUUCGUUCAAGAACAUGAACAAAUCACGCCAAAGAAAAACAAAGUGGCAACUGGUUCUCCAUCUGUUAAGAAAUCUGCCAAAAAGGUUGAGCCCGAGGAAAUUGAUUCAUCUGAAUCGGGAAUUUCUCGCACUGGUCGGAAAAUUAAGGUUCCGGCUCAUUUGAAAGAAUUCGAGGAAGUUGUGGUCGCAAGUCCGAAGAAAGAAAUACCACAGAAAUCUGCUACACGGAAAUCUAUGGCACCGGGUAAAUCGAUGGAACCGGAAGGCGAAGAAAAUAUUGCUCCAAAAACUCCCAGAGGAAGGUCAAUGGCAGCCAUUCGUAAGGGUUCCGAAGCUGAUUUGGAGAAGGAAAAACAUUCGAAAACACCAUCGCGUCGUACAAAGCCCAAAACGGAUGAUCUGAUCGAUUCGGCAAGCGCUGCCGAAACACUUAACUCCACGGAAGAACCGAUUGCUGUGAAAACCCCUAUGAGGCGAAAAUCUAUUGUUGGAACGGUUGAUCCUGUGACGGAGCUUGUAAAGGCCAAGUUGCCGUCCAAAUCUUUCAGGAGAGGUAAAUUGCCGGUUAAUGCCGAUAUGCAUGAGUCUCCGGAAAUUGUGAAGAAUGACAAGCUUGCUGCUAAUUCAUCGGAAGGGAACAAUGAGGAGAAGCCUCCAACAAAAACGCCAAAACGGGGAAAAGGUACACCCCUAGAUAAGUCUCCUGAGUUGGAGACUACGAAAGAGAAAACAUCCAAUCGAGGACAAAAUGCGUUUACAGAGAAGUCCUCUGAGUCAGGUAUGAGUUCACCAACGAAAGAGGACAAUCAUCCAGCUAGAGCCAGACGUGCAAAAUCUUUAGCACCAGAAACGGCAACGGUCUCACCACAGGUGCAAGCUAAGCUUCCAACCAAGACGCCGACAAAACGUGGAAAAUCCAUGCUUCCCCAAACUCGCGACCACUCACCUGAUGUUGCCCCAAACACACCAAAAACUGCUCGGAUUAUUGACGAAUCGUGCGAGCCAACUUCUCGCUCCGGACGAAAGAUCAAACCUAAGAAAUUCUUCGGUGAGUUUGAACAAGAUGAAACAGUAACGGUAGCUCUUAAGACGGUUUCUCCGAUGAAGCCAGUUGAGACUCCUCAGAAGAAGAUCUCACCGGUUAAGAGGCAAAAUAGUUCUCCCCAAGGGGUGGCUGUGAAAUCUGGAGUAUCUCCACCAAAGAAAACUAAACUUGAGCCGAAAGCAGCCAAACUAUCCCCAAAGGUGUCCAAAAUAUCACCGAAUACUGAGGAACGCCAGAUUACUAAACGGGGUUUCAAUGAUCAUCACCGUCAUAUGCAUCUGGAAAAGGAGAUAGUGGUAGUGCUGGAGAAAGAUCCCCUCGCCUCGAAGGCUGGCGAAUCUUCUGAGUCGAAAGAGGAAGAGGUAGACGUUGUAAUUCCAACAGAUGACGCAGGUCGUGAGGAAGAAGAGCCACCCAUUUCCGUGCCUGAGGUCGUUAUACAGGAGAAACCGAAACGAGGUCGUAAAACACUUCCGGCUCCCGCUAUGAUGGAUGAGGGAAAUACUAAAGUUCCAAAAACACCAUCUUUCCGGCGAACAUUGGCUGUUGCAAAACCAGCGACUCCUGUAGUGCCUCAGGAGGACACCGGAAGCAGUCGCUCCGGAAGGAAGAUUAAACCGAAAAAGUUCUUCGAUGACGAUGGAGAUUCCAAGGUCCAACCCGUUGUUACAACAGCUGCUGCCACUGCUGGCGGUGGUGGACGGGGAAAAAGAAAGACUGUAGCGGUAGUGCUGGACUAUGAUGACAAUGCGGAGCAUGACGAUGACGGUAAGCGGCAGCCAGAAGUUCAGGCUGAAGGUGAUAUUCAAGGUGAUCAGGAAGAACCUUCUCGGGACGAAAUUCUCGCCGUCGUCGGUGCGGUUGAUCCUGUUGCCGAGGACAAAGAGGACGAAAAGGAGCAUGAAGAGCCUCAAGUCACGGAUGAAGAUGAUAAGGAAGCACAGGCGGAACCCAUUGAUGGAAACAGUCGCAGUGAGGCAUACGAAGAGGUAGCCCCAACGGUCACCGAAAGCGAUGGCGAGUCCUUGUCAGCCCAAGGUAAUAGCAAUGGAGGGAACGACGACGACGAUGGCGAUGAUGACAGUGGUUCUCGUUUUACCGAAGAGCCAGACCAUGAGGAGAGCCCGUCGCAGGAGCCCGUCGAACUUGGCCAACCCGAGCAGUAUGGAGGAGAAUACACCCAACGAAUCGAGGAAGGACAGAUCGGGGAGGAGAACGCAGAAUCUGCAUCGGAAGGAAAUUUUCCAGAGACCCGUAUCGAACAGACUGCACCACCGCCUCAUCCGGCGGAGAAAGUUCCAAACGAUCCUGCUCCGUUAGCUGAGCAGAUCGAACCGAUGGAAGAAGACGGUGGGAAGUCAGCGGUGGAUCUACAUGGUGUGGACAUCAAAGAAGUAGGAGGGAAUGAUGAUGAUUCCAAAUCGGAACCGGCGGGCGAAGCAUCACGUUGCGAAGAAGUACACCGAGAGGAGAUGAAGGAUGUCAUUCUUGAAGGGGAAUCCGAGAUAAUUGAUGGCAACGAGGACGAACGGGAGGGGUUGUCUAUUAGCUCAGAACAGGAAGAACAGCUGCUACGAGAUGCAGAGACUUUCGAAGAAAAGCCAACUGAUGAGUCGUCUAACGUGAUACAUGCACAGGAGAAAAACACAGAAGAACUUGAAACAGGACUUGAACCCGAACCCAAGAGCGAUGCGUUUAUUGAUGAAGAUGACGCAGAAAAUGUUCUGAAUGUUCCAGAAACAUUUUCCUCUGUCACCGUCGAACAAGAAAUUUCAGAGGUUCUCCAAGCAUCAACGAAGGUGCAGAACGAAUCUAAGGAACAGUCUACGUGUAGCACAUUCUCCGAGGCCCUGCUAGUGGAUGAUGAUCUAUUGAUAGAGAGUGCUUUAGGAGAAGCGAAGAAGGAUGAUCAUUUUGAGUCAAUUGAAUUUCUAGAGGAAUCGAAGAUUUUCGAUGAUCAAACACACGGUCCAAUACAGGAUAUAACAACAGCUCCCGAAGAAGAGCAAGACGACCUAGACAAGACGGAGCCUCCGGUGAUGGAUGACAUGGACGAUGACAAACAGGAUGACCUAUUGCAAGACGUUCCGCAAGGUACAGGUGAUGUCUCAUUUGCGGACCGCGACGACGAAAUCGUCACUGUCUUUCCGGACACACAGAAGAUUCCAGCGACCGCAGAUGAGACCUUUGAAAUUCCCACUGAUCGGGAUCCGGCUGCACCUAGAACCCCAGAAUCAAAGAUUACCAAACCCGAUGAGACAUUCUCGCCAAACAAACCCGACGAUGGCGAGAAGCAGCACGCAAGCGUUCCCCAGGAAAUCAUAGAAAUUCCUGAUAGUCCGAUCGUUACCAUGCUGCUGCCCGGAGACGUCGAAGACAAACCGGGAAGCGCUACAAGCACCCCUUUCAAGUCGCAAGAUCUAUUGACAAUUAAGGAGCGCCUCAUACAGCACAGCCGGAAACGUUCGCUUUCAGCUGGCGAGGUGGAAAUUGUCAAGAAAAACGUAACAUUCCAUAGCCCUGCGAAUAGCACCAUUCUGGUCGACACCAUUGAUGAGCGGUUGAAAAAGAGCUUCAAAAAUGAAGAUGUGAACAUAACAGACAUAAGUCACCGUCAACGUUCGCAGUCGGAGCAAAGAGAAAUGAAGCCGACCAAGAUCAACAAAAUGCCCAACUUCAAAAACAUCCAUCAGCAGCAGUUCAAGCGAAUGGAAUCCAUCGAGGAGUUUCACAAAAGGAAGGUUCAGCGAGCCAAAGAUAUUCUUACCAAUAGUGCUGCUAAGAGUCCUGCAGCCGCAAUGUCAAGAAGUGCAUUACUGCCCAAAUCACUCCAUAAAUCCGAAAAAGAAGCAACAUCCUCCACCGCAGCCAGCAUCCCACCAUCCGCCUCAAAGGCCAUCAUAGCGAGGCCAGUUACCACCAAAUCCACAAACCCACACAAACCGCUGCUCUCCGAUGUCGAGAGAAUGGAGAAGCGGCAGAAGCAAUUCCAGACGGCCUUCAAGACAAAAACAGCGACUGUCGCUGGCGGAAGCACAAGUGUUCGGGACAAUGCGGACGGAGCGAGACGCGUCAUAGAGCAGAGUCGACACAAACAGGGACAGAUCCUGCGAGGCGUUCGGACAAACAAGCGGUUCGAGUUGUUGAUGAAGUUUAGGGAUUCACAGGAUUAGAUAGAGCUAUUGGGUGGUUCGCAUAUUUUAUCUUCAAAUUCAUACUCCACCGAAUGCGACUCAUUGAUUGGGUCUGAUGACGGACAGAGGAAAUGAUGAACAUUAUUAUUAAUUUGGGCAGGGUGGUCGAAAAACCGCAUUCACCCGUUGAUUUAUUCAGUGACUGUUGAUUCAUCUGAUAAGUGCUGCUAGACAGUGCUUACAUUGUUCUCAUUUUCUAUCUCCUUUUCAUCACAUCAAACUUAUUAAUUGCUUGAAAACACAUUUUAUUGAAUUAUUUUUCGUUUUCACGGGACUGAGCGCAACCAUACAAAAACAUGAAUAAUUAAAGCAGUAAAUUAACGUGCGUAGAAUGAGAGGUAAGGUAAGCUAUUAGAUUUUAUUGUUCUGCAGGUAACAAGCGAAUUGAUUACAUCAUAUAUGAGCAUAUUGAUUGUUGUCUGUUAGUUGCUAAGAAAUUUUUGAGCGACCCGCACAUCGCCCUGGCCGCGCCAUUGUAAAAAAAUUAACAAUGCAUAACAAUAUAUUAUUAAUAAAGGAAUACAUGAAU